AUGUCAGUAGCUACUGUACCUGUAUCUUUUCAAGGGAUGUCUUUUCAGGAGUUUUCUCUUCAAGAGAUUUCUCUUCAGGAGUGUUUGGAAAAACCUAAUAAAGCUCAGUACAAUGGAGGAAUAGUGAGAAACCCAGAGUUCAAUGAAGGGCUGGAAGGAUGGUCCUUGUUUGGAGGAGCUGGGAAAAUAGAGCAGAGGGAAGCUGCAGGUGGGCAGAAGUUCAUUGUGGCUUAUGAGAGAAAGCACCCUUAUGACAGUUUUUCACAGAACUUUUCUUUGAUAAAGGAUACCCAUUACACCUUCUCUGGUGCUGUAAUGGCUGAGUCUGGCUGCUGGUCCAUGCUUAAGGGUGGCAUCUCCGUGGAUUCUUCAGGCCCAGCUGAGCUCUAUUUUGAAAGCAAAGACACAUCAGUCGAGAUAAGAGCAGCCAGCGUUUCAUUGCAACCGUUCACUAACGAGCAGUGGACUUUUCAUCAACAUCAAAGCAUUGAGAAGAUGAGGAAGAACAAGGUGAGGCUCCAAGCAGUUGACGCCAAGGGAAACCCCCUACCGGGCGCCAACAUUUCCUUCAUACAAAAGAAACUCGGUUUCCCUUUCGGUAACGCCAUCAACAGGAACAUCCUCACCAAUCCCGCCUUCCAAAAGUGGUUCACCUCCCGGUUCACUGUCACCACCUUCGAGAACGAAAUGAAAUGGUACUCCACGGAAGCGACCCUGGGCAAGGAGGACUACUCCGUCCCGGACGCCAUGCUUCAGUUUGCGAGAAGGAACGGAAUUUCGGUCCGAGGCCAUGCCGUGUUCUGGGACGACCCCCAGUACCAGCAGCAGUGGAUUAAGUCCCUUGCUCCCGUUCAGCUCGCGGCGGCCGCUAACAGAAGGAUGAACUCUUUGAUGACGAGGUACGCUGGCAAAGUGAUUGGAUGGGAUGUUGUGAAUGAAAAUUUGCGGUUUUCAUUUUUCGAGGAUCGGCUCGGGAAGGAUGCUUCGGCCAAGUUUUACAACAGGGCUUUCCAGCUUGACAAGGGUGUGCCCAUGUUUUUAAAUGACUACAACACAAUAGAGAUGAGCUCAGACGUCGUAUCGUCGCCUUCAAAUUAUCUUAAGAAGCUGAGAGAAAUACAGGCCUUCCCUGGCAACAGAAAUGGGAAAAUGGGAAUUGGGCUGGAGUCCCAUUUCACCACUGCACCGAACCUGCCUUACAUUAGGUCUGCCAUUGACACACUUGCUGCUGCAAGAGUGCCCAUUUGGAUUACAGAGCUGGAUGUUCAGAAUAACCUGGAUCAGGCAAAGGUGUUGGAGCAGGUGCUGAGGGAGGUGCACGCCCACCCAGCAAUAAAGGGAAUAGUGAUGUGGGCAUCGUGGACGCCACAGGGAUGUUAUAGAAUGUGCCUGACUGACAACAACUUCAGGAACUUGGCCACAGGAGCUGUUGUGGACAAGCUGAUUGCCGAGUGGAGUCAGAAACGCUUCGUGGCCAAAACAGAUGCUGAGGGUUUCUUUGAGGCUCCACUCUUUCAUGGAGAUUACCAAGUCACCAUCGCUAGUCAUGCUGCCGCCGCCAACUUAUCCUCUUCUUCCACUUCUCAGACCUUUAAAGUGCAGGCGGCAAAACGCACGUCUCAGAAGACAACCUUACAUGUUAAGGUCUCUGCAUGA